UCGACGCGUUCGGUCGCUCCUUUAUCAGCUCCCGUGAAUUAUUUGAAUUUGUGUAAAAUAUUUGUAUUUUCUUGUAAAUUUCAUUCACAUUUUGUUUAUUAGAGUAUUAGGCAUCGUGUAUGAGUGUUUUUUUGAAUCGACAUUAAUAAUAAAUCGGUAUUUUGUGAUUUUGUGAUUUCGUGCUUCGAACGUGACAAGGGAAAGGUAGACGCCGUGCAGAUACUGAAGGUUCAGGAUCAACGUGUCUGUCAAGAGUUCCUAUUCUACAUACGUAGCAUUCGUUCGCAACGACAACAGACGCCUUGCAUGCUAGAAGCCGGCAAAUGUAACCUAAUUUUUUGGAUAACGCCAACAUGGACUUGAAUCUUCAUCGGAUGCUGGUUUUCGACAAAGGAAUGGAAGGAGAUAAGGACGACAAUUAUCAUAGAGGAGGAAACGAUGCGAGAGAUGCCGAGAUAGGAGUAGAAGAACGUAGACCGCGUCCGUUCUCCAGGUGACCAAGGUGUGCAAAGCGUGAACAACGUGUGCAACACGAGGCUAGGAGAAGGACGGAAAAUGGACCAAGUCACCAGGAAGUGGGGACCUGGAUUAAAAGCAAACGAGGGCAACGUCUCGGCGACAGAGCCAUCUCAGACCUUGAAGAGUCGAGGUCGAGAGCAAGUCGACGCGUUCUUUGCUUCAUUGCUCGCUCGGUGCUUUUCUAACGGAUUUCCGUUACGUUACGAACUGGAUCAAAGAGAAUUCUCGGUGUUGGCGUAAUCGAAAGUCGGCGCCAGGCCAAAUUUGGACGGAGGAUCUACUAAACGAUGGCGCCGAAAAGAGCGAUCUACCUGCUCCUGGUGACCUUGGCCCUGAGGGGAAGCCAGUGUAGCACGAGAUACUACGUAAAGAUGAGGACGAACGCGUCCGAGUUGUUCAAGACCAGAGGGGACAACUCGAGGGUGCUCGAACAGCCAAUCGCUGCCACGACCAGUCCAUUGUACGAUGAAACCAGAGAUCACUUUCAAGAUGAUGAUCAAAGAAUGAUAAAAGAUUUCCCAAGAACCGACGACGAGUCGAGGAACAGUUUUGAAACGUCCACGUUUAAUCCGGACGUUCUGAAUAAAUUUCUUGAAGAGUAUGCUAGCAAGAUCAAGAGCAGCACCGAGAAGUAUCAGAAGCAUCCAUUCAGGGUCGUGAAACCUUCCGAGGCUCUUGCACUAGAGGUGGAUGUCCCAACUGCACAGCCAACAAGCAGCAGCUCUGCUCAGGUCACCAAACCUGAAGAAGAUGGGGUGAAUGCUACUCUGGCUGAAGCAGGGUUAAGCGACAGUCUAAACGACACCCUGAAGAGGAACAAAUACUAUGGAGCAAACUCGUAUGAAGACAGAAACGGCUGGGUGACUUUAGAAGCAAUCCCAUGGUCGAAGAGUAAGAUUUCAAAGUGGCAAGCGACACCCAGCACCCAACAGCCUUGGCCGGAAGUGAAACCAUGGGAGAAACCAGGCAUGGGUAAACCCUGGGCUUCGGAUUACUCUGUCAGACCAAUCUACGAAAACAAUAAACCAUGGUACGAGAAGCCAAAACCAAAUUGGCCAGAGAACAACGAGAAACCAUGGCAAAAACCUACGACACGACCAUCGUAUUACCCAGACAAGGUCGAUGAAGGUCAGGCUCAAAAAUGGCCUCCAGAAAGACCAUCCUGGAAUAAGUAUACCGAUCGUCCCAACAGUGAUAUCAUCACUGACAAUCGUCCAGCUAAUUUCCCGAGUUCUUGGAACAACAGGCCUCAAACAGCGAAACCUGGUUAUCAGUACCUGGAUAGAUUCUCAGAUAAAAAUCAGGCAGAAGAGAAUAACAAUGAUUGGCAUGAUUUCCCCUCGAGAUUCGAUGAUCGUCUACGACCUUCCACCGAUAGACCAGCCUUCUCUCAAUAUCAAUACGUCAACAAUCAUCCUCAGAGUUAUCCUGGUAAUGGGGAUGGUCAAUGGGUACUCUUGUCCACCAACAGAGGUUACUCGAAAGCUAGACAGAGAUCGAUGAAGAUCGAUACCACGAAUCCGUUACAGAAUGGGAACAAGAGUAUCCGGGUGAAGGGGGAGGAGGCUGAUCCUGCGAUCGCUGUGAUGACUUCGAAGAGACAGGUCAGGUUGACGGUGUUACCGUCGAUCAACGGCACGAACACGACCACCUCGCACGGAGGUCUCCUGGAGGUGGAGAAGACCUUCAAGAGCGUGGAUCAGAGUCAAAAGGAAUACGAGAUGAAGAGACAAAGCCUGCCGGUGAUCCUGAAGAAAAGGCCCAUCAGAAAUACUCUCGGGAAUCAAGCGUCUAAUUCGGCUGUCUUGGCUGCCGUUAGUGCAGGAAUAUUACCGGCAACUAUGGCGAUGAUGAUACCAAUGAUUCUCGGCCGUCGAAAGAGGGACAUAAAAGCUCCUCAAUCAAGAUUACUCAAUUAUGAUAAUUCAGUAAUGAAUAUUCAUGAUCCCACGAAUCAACGUGGAGCCCGCGAAACAAGGCUUAGGUAGAGGAAUUAAUGUUGAAAGAGAAAGUCUUUGAUAAUUCGUGAGAAUAAGGUGGUUGAUCGAAGAGAAUUUAGAGGAACACUGAAAAUCUUAUUUAGUGUUGGGUGUAAUUGUAUAGAAAAUAAGUAUCAAUUUUAAUUACUUUUUUCCAUUCGUAGAAGUUAGUUGAAUUAUUUUAUUGAAACUUCGAGUAAUGAACUUGAAAUUGAAGAAGCAAAAAUUAUUUAUUAAAAAUGAAUUUAUAAUGUAAGGUCAUAGAUAAGAUUUAUUAUUAUUUUCUAUUAUAGUGUGUCUGGGAAACACAUUUCUAUUGCAAAAUAAGAAACAAAAGAAAUUAUCACUGAAGACAAUGCAAUUAUUGCCGCACUCGUGAUUAUUAUCAGUGAUUCAUUAAUUAAUCAAUAACAAAUUAAAAUACACAUGUUCAUUGCUCUUUGUUUAUAAAUUAAUACUUGCAAU